CAGUCAACGCUUCUAUUACCAUUACCACAUCACGUCGAUGCAGUCAGUUAUUCUAAUUUCACACAGCCUCCCGUGCAUGGAUCUUCGUGCGUUGCUGGUGACUUGUUAAUCCCACGUCGAUCUACUAGCUAAUGAACAUAAGAUGCCUGUGGAUCAAAAGCGAAUUAACGGCCCGGAGGUAUCUGUGCCGUACAGUGUUUAUACCGAAGCCGAAAAGUUGGAGUCCAGUAACACCGAUAAACUAUUAAAAACGAGACUCGAUGGACGAGAUUACAAAGAGCACAGAAAAAUUUUUGUGAAAACCGGUGUGGUAAGCCAAGCCAAAGGAUCGGCGUACAUUGAAGUUGGAACCACAAAAGUUGUUUGUUCCGUAUUUGAUCCAAGAGAAAUCCCAAAUAGAAAUGAAUACAGCUCUCAAGGCGAACUCUUUUGUGAGUUCAAAUUUGCUACUUUUGCCUGUGCAAAGCGGAAAAUACACCAGCAAGAUUCUGAAGAGAAGGAGUACAGUAUCAUCAUGCAACGAUCGUUAGAACCAGCUGUUUGCAGGCAAGAAUUCCCAAACUUUCAAGUCGAUAUAUAUGCCCUAGUAUUGGACAAUGGAGGAUCUGCCUUAGCAGCAGCUAUAAUGUGUGCUAGCCUUGCUCUUGCAGAUGCUAGUGUGCCAAUGUUUGGCCUCGUUACGGCGGUUUCUGUGGGAUUGUAUGGAGACACAGUGUUUGUUGAUCCAACAGUUGAUGAAGAAAAACUAUGCAGUUCGGCCCCAGGAAAGUCAAGCCCAUCUAAAAAUCAUGGACUGAUUAUGCAAGCUACUUUACCCCAACAUGACCAAGUGUCUGAGUUUUUUUUAGUUGGGAACAUUGAUGUGACUGCUAUUAAACAGUCCAUUGAAACACUUACUGCAGCCAGCAAAAAUAUAUGCCCUCUGAUGCAACAAUGUUUAGUCAAAACUGUCUUGAGAGCUCUCAAGAAAAAGGAAAGCGAGAUCAAUGAAAUAAAAGACUAGCUACUAAA